AUGAAUAUUGCUAUCGAUCUCAAUGUGCUGAGUCAACUCAACACGACUGAAACCAAAGCCAUACACGACAUAUGUGACAAGUUGAGCGUUUGUGGCAUCAAGGAAAAGGUCAAAGUUCCACAAAUAGUUGUCCUGGGCGAAGAGUCAUCUGGAAAGUCAUCUGUUCUCCAGGCCAUUUCUCACCUGCGUUUUCCGACAGGCGAAAAUGGCUGCACGCGAUUCGCCAUUCAAGUUAUGUUUCGACAAGCUCCGGAGACUCGCAUUGAUAUCACGAUAAUAUUCGAAGACAAAUCAAAGAAAAUCAAAACAUGGCAGCACUCUAACUUUCAGGAGGAUGGCCUUGCUCAUAUCAUAGAGGAGGCCAAGAGUAUUAUGGAGUUCAACAGAGUCGGGAAGGGUUUCUCAAAGGACCUGCUACGUUUGGAAAUUGAGGGACCGCUUAUGUAUCCGUUGAGCCUGUUGGAUCUACCAGGGUUUCCAAACUCUGAUAAGAGUCAAGAAAAUACUGAAAUCCUCCAAGGUCUUCUAGGCAGCCACCUGGAUAACAAGGACAACAUCUAUUUAGUCGUCGUCAACCCCAACAAGACCAUUCCUGAACAGGUAGUUCUCAGACAUUCCAGGCUGUUUGAUCCCCAUGGAAAACAGACAAUCCCCAUUGUAACAAAUCCUGAUAUCAUGCGGCCUGGAUCCGUCGAGGCGCGAAGUUACAUCAGAUUGGCCAUGAAUCGCCAAUUCACGAAUCACUUUGGCCUCGGAUGGCACGUUCUCUGCAACAAGCGAGAGGAAGAACUGAGCUUUUCGAGGCGAGAUGAGACCGAAGACCAAUUCUUCAAAGGAAGCUCAUGGUCAUGCAUACCACCGGUCGAUCGAGGCGCUGCGAACCUCAGAAAGAAACUCAGCCUUGCUCUGUACUAUCAUAUGCGACGUACACUCCCCCUGGUAGUCGAGGAUAUCGAUUGGAGCCUUCAGUUCAGAGAAUCUGAUAUGGAAGGUUUAGGGUCACCUCGGUCUAGCCCAGAAGAAAUGAGGUCCUUUCUCAUUUCUGUGGCAAGUGACUUCCAGCGUGUUGUUCAAGAUGGAAUCCACGGGCGGUAUCAAGACAACUUCUUCCUUAUUCAACAUGGUGAAAUCACGAAGUUGAGGGCUCAAAUUCGAGAUUUGAGUCAAGCAUUCGAUCAUAUAAUGAGAUUUAGGGGAUCGGAAUAUAGCAUUGGACCACCAAAUAUCAAGAAGCCAGAAGGAUACAAACCGCCUAAACACCUCCUUAAGUUCAUUGAACACUACAACCAAAAUGAAUUUAUGGAGACAGAAUUUGUCACAAAAGAGGAAUUCAUCAACAAAGUCGUGAAAAGGGUAAUCUUUAAUCGGGGCGUCGAUUUCCCAGGGUCUCACACCCACGAUUUUGUAAGGCGGCGACUCCAACAUCAGGUUAGCUCCUGGAGCGUAAUCGCUCUUCGCCAUACAGAGCUCGUAUUUGAGGUCACCAAGGCAUUCGUGGAUCGAGUACUCCAGUUUUUAUUCAGACCUCUAUGUUUCAACGGAGGGACUGAAGCCAUCUUGACAACGUGUGUGGAUCCUUUCUUCGACGAGAAGAAGGUGGCUAUAGAGGCAAAGAUUAAUGAGCUCUUCAAGCCUUAUGAACAAGCUUUUGCGUUUCCCCUAGACCUUGACGGCUACACAGAAUUCUCUCAGAGAUCGGGAGAUCGUCUAGCCGAGCGAGUCUACAGCCUGGUGACAGCCAAAGCUCCCGUCUCCUCUGACGACCGCCAGAAGGAAAGGGUUACACGCCAGAUGAUUCGAGAAGCAGUUGCGGCAGAGAAAGAUUCAGAAAUACGAGAAUCCGGUAUAUACGAUAUCAUUGAUAUCAUGAGUAUCUACUACGAGGUAAUUGUCCCACAUCCGCGCAGAGAAACUGGUUAA